CCCUUUUUUAUUUCCCAUCAUCACCUGCAGGAAUCAGUGUUGAUUACAGAAACAUGAAGGUGAGCAAACCCACGCAGGUAAAAGGCCAAACUAAAUCUCAGAAGUGGAAGGAUGUGAGAGGCAGACGCUCCAGACCUCCCAUCAACCCCUCCGAGCUCAACUCCAGCCCCGUCAUGGCCAAGAUGGCUAAAGAGCACCAGGCGUCCGUGAAGAAAAAGCCCAGCGUCAAGAGACUUAAGACUAAAGUGAAGUCUGUGGCCGACUCCAAGAAGAGCACUCCUCAGUCCGUAGCGAAGAAACCUCACACGCAGGCGAACGGGAGCUCUGCGUUCACAAUGGACGAUGAGUCAGAUGACUCUCAGGACUGGAAGGAGUACUCUCUGUCCAUCCAGGGGAACGGAGUCGAGCCCCCGGCUGGCACGGAGAGCGUCCUGCCAGGUAGACUGGAGGGAGAGGCGCUGCAUCACUGUGCACAGAGGAACGACCGCCAAAAUCACGCAGUGCUGGUCAUGCAGAAGGAUCAGACGCUGUGUUUCCGAGGAAAGUGUUUCCUGACGUGCUUGUACGGCCGAGUGGAGGUGAUGGGUUUCACCAUCGAAGAGGGCCAGCAGUCGUAUCCGCUCUUCUCCCCAGCGUCACACUGUCCGCUGACCAUCAGAGCGCUGGAAAGCCCCGACGACACCAGAGACGACAAAACGGAGGCUUCCAGCAUCCUCCCCAAAUAUCUUACAUCAUCGUCGCGGAAGAAGCUGCUAAAAAAGGUGACAUCACACUCAUCGAUCAUCCUGCUGGAGCCGAUGGAGACGCCUCUGACUCGGUUUCUGUCGAGCUUCGCAGACCUCAGCGAACUGUUCAGCCCUCCGAUGAGUGAACUCCUGUCAGCUGUUCUCGACACUCCUCUCAACGGUUUGGGGAUGAUUCCUCUCGCUAAGACCAUCGAGGGUCUGAAAAUGUCCGGCAGCUACAGAGAGUCUCUGAACACGGUGGUCAGCGCCUGCAGGGGCGACAUGGACGGCUGUGCAGUGAUCCUCGUCUGUGGGAGUAAGAACGUCGGCAAGUCAACGUACAUCCGCUUCCUCGUCAAUACUUUACUAAAUCAUACUACCAGUAUAGAUUAUUUGGAAGGAGAUCUCGGUCAGACGGAGUUCACCCCGGCUGGUUGUUUGUCUCUGUCGACUGUCAGAGAGCCGCUCCUCGGUCCUCCUUUCACACAUCAGCGAGCACCAGAACACAUGAUCUACUACGGCCAAUCGUCAUGCGAGUCGGACUUAGACCGCUACCUGGAGUGCCUUAAGUCCCUGUGGCGUCGACGCUCCCUGAGCAGAGAGACCCCCGUCAUUAUCAACACAAUGGGCUGGGUCAAAGGAUUUGGAUUCCAGCUGCUUGUCGACAUGAUCCGCUUCUUCCCGGUCUCGCAUGUGGUCCAGCUCGGUCAUACCGGGUCGACGCAGUGUGCCGCCUUAACUCCAGAGUUUCUCAGGACGGCACACGGCUGCCAGACGCAUCCGCCCGCUCAGACGGCUCUGGACGAGUUCACGGAGAGCCACAGCCCCCCCAGAAGCUACGUUCACCUCAUCGUUGACUCAGAUUUUCAAGGAGUCGGGCGGCAGGGAACGGCGAAGCACCAGCGCACUAACGAGCACAGAGAGCUGUCACUGCUGGCCUACCUGAGCCAGCUGCAGUCUCCCGACCCCGGACCCGUCAGACCUCUGAACUGCCUCACUCCGUACCAGGUGCCGCACACGGCCGUGGCGUUGGGUGUGAUCCACUGCGAGGUUGUUCCCAGUCACAUGUUUUACGCCGCCAACUGCAGCCUGGUGGGACUCUGCUGUCUGGGAGAGAAAGUGACGAGCAGAGGAGGUCCGGUGCUGCUGAACCAGGCGCCCCUCUGUCCGUGUGUGGGCUUCGGUGUGCUCCGAGGCAUCGACAUGGUCCGAGGUCUGUACUUACUGCUGACGCCCGUUGAUCCGUCCGUCCUCCGUAAAGUCAACUGUCUCCUCCUGGGAGCGAUAUCGCUGCCUUCCUGCAUCCUCACUACACAGCCCGGCUUCGAGGGAGAGAUGCCUUACAUCACCACCGACUACAGCUUCGAUCUGAGCGGAGCAGGAAAGCUGCGAGUCUUCAAAGGACUGAUGAGACCGAGUCACAUCGGAGCGCAGUGACUGUUUU